AUGGACGAAAAUCAAAUUAGAUUGAUGUUGGAAGAAGAAAAUUCUGAUUCUAACUAUGAAGAUGAAAACGAUAGUGAGGUAGAGGAUUUUGUUGAAAUACAAGAAGAUAGCUACAAUAGCGAGCAAGAGGAUAAUUCUGAGCAUGAGCAAGAGGGUCAAUCUGCAGAGGAGAGCAAUUCUCAAGUGGAGUCGGAAGAUCAUCAAACAUAUAUAAAUUAUUACCUCGGAAAAGACCGUCACACGAGGGGGAACAAAACUCCUGCGUCAAAUCCAGUAAGAAGACGUGCUAGGAACAUCGUUACUCAACUUCCAGGUGCUAAAGGUGGAGCUAAGUAUUUGAAAGAACCCGGUGAGAUAUGGAGGUUAUUUUUCACGGAGGAUGUUAUUGGUCGGAUGGCAAAGUACACUAACGAACAAAUAAAACGAAUUUCAUCUCAAUUCAUAAGAGAAAGAGACUGUACUGAAACAAAUUAG